AUGGCGGACGAGAUGGAGAUUCAAACAGGCUCUCCUCGAGGCGUCAAAAGGACUGCCGAAGCUCUUGAUCAAGACGUGGUCAAUAAGAUCGCGGCUGGAGAAAUCAUCGUUGCUCCCAUGCAUGCCUUGAAAGAAAUGCUGGAGAAUUCGGUCGAUGCUGGUUCGACAGCUAUUGAAGUCCUCGUCAAGGAUGGAGGCCUCAAAUUACUCCAGAUCACCGACAACGGUCAUGGCAUCGAGAAAGACGACUUGCCCAUUCUGUGCGAAAGGUUCACCACUUCCAAGCUCAAGGACUUUGAAGAUCUCAUGUCCAUUGGUACUUAUGGCUUCCGUGGUGAGGCUUUGGCAAGCAUCAGCCACAUCGCCCAUCUGCGAGUCACCACAAGGACUGCAACGUCGAGUUGUGCCUGGCAAGCUCACUAUGCCGACGGCAAACUAUCUCCGGCAAAGCCUGGUCAAAGUGCUGAUCCCAAACCCUGCGCCGGUCGCCUCGGCACCCAGAUCACGGUGGAAGACCUGUUCUACAACAUCCCCAACCGUCGACGAGCGUUCCGGUCGCCUUCAGAAGAGUAUGCCAAGAUCCUCGAUGUCAUUACGCGAUACGCCGUCCAUCGUCAGGGCGUGGCCUUUUCGGUGAAAAAGCACGGUGAAUCUGGAGCCGGGUUUUCGGUAGCAGCGGCCGCGACCAAGAUUGAUCGAAUCAAGCAAGCUUAUGGCGGUGGUGUGGCCAAGGAACUCAUGCAGUUCGAGACCGAGGAUGCCAAAUGGGGGUUCAAAGCCUCAGGGUACGCCACCAAUGCCAAUUACAGUGUCAAGCGAACGACUCUACUCCUGUUCAUCAACAACCGAUCCGUCGAAUCAUCGGCCGUCAAAAAGGCCAUUGAGCAGACUUACCAGAUGUUCCUUCCGAAAGGCGGACAUCCAUUUGUCUAUCUUUGUCUGGAUAUUGAACCCUCCAGAGUGGAUGUCAACGUGCAUCCUACGAAGCGAGAGGUUCAUUUCUUGAACGAGGACGAGAUCAUAGACCUCGUUUGUAUCAAUAUCCGCGAAAACCUAGCGAAGGUCGACACUAGCAGAACAUUCAAGACACAGACGCUGCUCCCUGGAGUGACACCCAUGACACCCAUGAAUGGAAGGGCUGGUGCGAUUGCUGAGACGCCUCCUGGCGACGAGAGCGGUGCUUCGCGGAGAACAUCAACCACCAAAAAGCCAUACGAGAACAACCUGGUGCGAACAGACUCGAAGAUGCGAAAGAUCACAUCCAUGCUUCCUCCUACUCUGAGGACCGGGGAUUCUCAGGACGAGGCACCGGCCACAAAUGGCGUCCGGUACUCAACCACAGACCGAGAGCCAGUCCCGGUGCGUUUGUCGUCGGUAAAGAAUCUGCGGGCUGAAGUUCGAGAAGCCAUGCACAAUGGUCUCACCGAAGUCUUCGCAUCCCUGACCUAUGUCGGUCUUGUCGACAGCCACAGGAGGCUAGCAGCCAUCCAGUCCGGGGUGAAAUUGUACCUGGUGGACUAUGGACUGGUCUCGAACGAGUUCUUCUACCAGGUGGGGCUCACCGACUUUGGCAAUUUCGGGCUCAUCCAACUGCAGCCCGCGCCUGAACUGCGCGAGCUACUGGAUAUGGCUGCACAGUAUGAAAUCGAAACAGAUCCCGAUUGUGCUGGGUUGGACAAGGACCAUGUGGUGCAGAAAGUCCACGACCAAAUCAUGAGCAAAAGACAGAUGCUGUCCGAGUAUUUCUCCCUCGAAAUCUCCAAAGACGGCCUCGUCGAAGCCAUUCCUCUGCUGUUGAAAGGCUACGUGCCGUGCAUGGCCAAAUUGCCCACUUUCCUCUUGAGACUGGGGCCCUCCGUGGACUGGACACAGGAGGAGGGGUGUUUUCGAACGUUCCUGCGCGAACUGGCGUCGUUCUAUGUUCCUGAACAGCUACCCCCACGCAGCAGCAGACACAACCCUAAACCCAAGCCGGACUCGGCCGACACAGAAAUGGAUGAUGCCCUGGUGGACCAGGGUGAUACGGUCGAAGGAAACCGUGGUCAAGAGGACAGAGUUGAUCAGGCUGUGGAGAAGAGAGGAAAGGAGCUGGAGCAUGUUCUAGAACACGUUCUCUUCUUGGCGUUUAGGUCACGCAUCGUCGCUACCCAGGGUAUGUUGAAGGGGGUGAUUGAAGUGGCCAAUCUGAAAGGCUUGUAUCGCGUCUUUGAGCGCUGUUGA